UACCGGACGCAAGAAUCUUGUUGCUCUGAGUGGUCAAACGAAACCACAUUUCGUGAACUCCAGCUCCUCUCUCCCGAACAGCAACCGUUGUCUCCUUAGUUGUGCAAUUCCUGCUGCAAGUUACACUCAUCUUAAUGGAUGAUACCCCCACAAGGAUAAAGAUUAUUCCAGAUCACUUUCAAGUUUCAACUUCGGAUUCAGACUGUUCUGAAAAUAGGACCCCAUCUUCAUCCACAGAACACCUGAGAGUACACGAUUCAUCGAGGUCACAUGACCAUUCUUGGAAUCGGCGAAAACUAAGAAGUGCUGCAUUCAUGUUGAACUUGCUGAGUUUUCGGCGCCUGUCGUGGGGUUCGGGCAGUGAUGGUCAAGAAAAGGUUGUGUUGACUGCUGUGGAAGUAGCAACAUUGCGGUCGGAGAUCGCCAAUCUUGAAGAGCGGGAAGCUCACCUAAGAGCUCAGUUGGAACACAUAGAUGAAAUUCUGCGGUCUGCUCGACUGUCGGGCUAUUUGUACAUUCGAUCCAGGUGGGAAGCUCUACCAGGAGAACCUCCGCCUAUUGACGAUACCGAUGUCGAUGAUUGGCUUCCCCGCUUCGCUGUCCUACAUGGAGAAUGUAUAUAUUUCUACUUAUCAUCUACAGAUAUUAGCCCUCAGGAUUCCACCCUUCUAGCUGACAUUGUUGAAGUGGGUUCUCUGCCGAGCAUUUCCCGCGAAGAUGAAGAUGUAAGAUAUGCAUUCUACAUCUCAACACGUCACGGUCUGCGAUACGAAUGCUCGGGCAUUUCCAAGAUUCAGGUGGACUCUUGGUUAUUGGCGUUGCAGAGUGAUUGCAAGAUGGGAUGUGGAAAUGGAACGUCUGAUUCAAAUAAUGGAAAUAUUAAUGUAAAGUAAUUAAGAAGGAUAAACAAAUUCUGUAGCACAUAGUUGUACAGAACACCACUUUUUUUUCCUCUGCUUGUUUGCAUCAAUUCAUUAUUGAAUACUCC